CAAGCUAUUGUAUUCUUAUAGAAAUCAGAGAACAAAGAUGGAACUUAACCUAGAGGAAGUCAAAAGAGAAGUGAUCAAGCCUGCUUCUGCUUCUGAUUCACCAACACCUCACAAUGACCAAAUUCAACUCUCCAUUGUCGACUUCUCAAGUCCACCAAUUUACGUCUCUACAAUCUUCUUCUACAACAACACCAAUGAUCUCAACUCAGAGACCACCUCCCUGAAACUGAAAACAUCUCUGUCCCAAACUCUCUCACGUUUCUACCCUCUUGCUGGUCGCAUAGAUGGCAGCUCCAUUACCUGCAACGACGAAGGAGCCGUCUUCACAGAGGCACGCACCGAUCUGCUUCUCUCUGAUUACCUCAAAACCCUAAACACUGAUGAAUCUUUCGAGAAACUCCUUCCAACAACUGCUCCAGGAGAAUCUCCAACAGCCUGGCCGUUGGUUAAUGUCAAGGUCAGUUCCUUUGGGCCAGGAUCAGGUGUAGCGGUCGCGGUUGGCAUCUCUCACCUGAUAUGUGACGCGGCCUCACUUUUCACUUUUGUCUCGGACUGGGCCGCUACAACAAAAGGGAACUAUAAUGAUCUUACGGUGAGUAGUCCUCUCUUUGCAUCGACCACUAUCUACCCUCCUGCGAAUACCUCUUUUCAGGUCCCCAAAAUGGACGCUCUUACUGCUUCCAGUGAGAAGUGUGUGACGAAGAGGUUCGUCUUCGAAUCAUCUAAGAUCGCCGAGCUUAAAAGCAAGGCCGCUAGUGAAACUGUUGCGGUUCCUACACGUGUGGAAGCUAUUACGGCAUUGAUAUGGAAAUGUGCUACAAAAGCAGCUUCAUCAAGAUGCAACUGGUCAUCCAUGAUAAAUCUAGCCAUGGACAUACGUCUUAGGACCUCUUCUGAUAUUUUGUCACAAGACGCUAUAGGAAAUCUACUAACGUCCUUUUUUCUCAAGAAAGAACCAGGGAGCGUCAUCGAGAUCGAUCAGAUCGUGGCUCAAUUCAGAAAGGCUAAAGAAGGAGUUAAUGAGAUGAUCAAAGAGAGUGCUACUACAGCCACGCUUGGACAGAACUUGAUGAAAAAGGGUUUUGAGUUCGUAUUGGCGUUAAGACCAGACACAAACUUAUAUGUUGUGACUAGUUGGUGUAUGAUAUGGAAAUGUGCUACAAAAGCAGCUUCAUCAAGAUGCAACUGGUCAUCCAUGAUAAAUCUAGCCAUGGACAUACGUCUUAGGACCUCUUCUGAUAUUUUGUCACAAGACGCUAUAGGAAAUCUACUAACGUCCUUUUUUCUCAAGAAAGAACCAGGGAGCGUCAUCGAGAUCGAUCAGAUCGUGGCUCAAUUCAGAAAGGCUAAAGAAGGAGUUAAUGAGAUGAUCAAAGAGAGUGCUACUACAGCCACGCUUGGACAGAACUUGAUGAAAAAGGGUUUUGAGUUCGUAUUGGCGUUAAGACCAGACACAAACUUAUAUGUUGUGACUAGUUGGUGUAGUAAACGAUUUUAUGAGGUUGACUUUGGAAUGGGUGUUCCGGUUUGGAUUGGACCUAGCAUUGCUAGUGUCCUUAAUAAUAAGUUGUGUAUCUUGUUGAUGGAUGCAAGGGAUGGGAAAAGUGUAGAAGCAUGGAUAGGCUUACCCGAACAAGACAUGGCUGUGUUCAUGCGUGAUGAAGAUUUGCUUGCUUAUGCCAGCCUAAAUCCGACCAUCCUCAUCUAAUUGAGGAUCGACCUAGUGACAUGUAGGUUUGGAGUCGAGGAAAAAUAAUAUAUUACUAGAUUAGGACCCGCGUUAC